GGCGCUCAGAGUUAGCUGAACCGGCGCGGCGUACGCAUCUUCAACGUCGGUUCUGGAGCUCCCAGGGUCGGUUACGUCGAGUAUUAUCAUUGGUGUGACGUGCACGCGUGGACGCACCGACGCCAUUUAAACUAACAUUAAUGUUGAGUACUCACAGUUCUUUGAAGUAGCUUCAUUAGUUAGUGCGUCGGUCAAUCUCUGAAUCUUGUUCGGUUGGAAGACUCUAUUUAUUCAGGAAUCGGAACUUCAUCACAAAAAGAUCGGUGGAGGGCUGCGCGAUGGGCAUGACGAUGAAGGUGGUGACGAUGGUGACGCUGUUGGCGGCGGUGGUCGCUGGUGGCGGGGAGAAGAGUGGCCGGGCGGCGUACCCGCAAGUCCCUGGGGCUUUCGUGCCACGACCCGUGCAGGUCUACGGGCCAGAUUGGGGGCAGAAGGUCCCACCCCAUAAUGAAAUGCUCUUCUCAUACAGAAUAAAUCCAUUUGAAACUGAAAUCUACCAACGAGGACAGACGCCUGUGCGUUACCAGCAAUCGCAAUCUAACUUGGAUCCUAACCAGCGCCUAGUAGAUCAAGGUCCACCAUCAGACUACCAGCAUUCACAACAACCAUUCUUUUUCCAUGCACCAAACCAGCAACCACUUGUUUACCAUCCAAACUUCAUUCCUCAACCUCAAAGUAACAAUUUCGUCGAUCAGUUUAAAUCGCAAUACAGACCUUCUCAUCAUAAUCCUGCACAUCAAUUUCAACAAACAUAUCCCGAAGUUCAACCUCAACCUUAUUUUGCGGAUCACCGUUCGCCCCCACAGUUCAACUCGCAACCUAAUCACUAUGGGCACCAUCAAAUCCCUGACGUAUUCGCUUCCUUCUUCAAAACUACAGAUCAAGAUACCGAGUUCAAUCGAGAAAGAGGUUUUGAUAGAGGACACAUAGAGUCACACCCUCUUCAUGAGCAAGUGCAAACCUACACUAACUUCAGAGGAUCCGUACUACCGGACGCGUCGGACUCGGUGCCGUUCUCCCGCUCUGCAGUGGAGUCUGUGCCCGUGACCGCGCAAGUCUACACUGGACUUCAAGUCGAGAACUCGUCACCAUCAGGAAGACGAGGGGUCAAUGAAGACUUCGGUGCCUUCUCGCGAGGAGACGUUGAGUCUUACCCAGCUGUUCUCAAGCCGUAUUCGGCCGACCGAGAUCCUUACGAGGAGCUCGUGGCGACGGAGGGCGACGGCUACGGUAGCUACGGUCAGGCCGGCUUCAGACUGGCGGUUGAGUCACCUCCCAUAUUCACAGCCCUCCAUGACCCAUCUGAAGCGUUCCCUAUGAAUGUGCACAGCAACUCCCGGCCAUUUGGCCACCUCUCUGAGAGCAUCGUGCAUGGCGACUCCCGCUACAUCGGACACUCCAUCCCUACACCCGCCCAGUACUCCUACUAUAAUCCUAGGAUCGGGACCACCAGAGUAAACGAAGGAUACAAAAUUGUUUGUUACUACGAAUCCUGGGCCAUCUAUCGGCCUCAGCCGCUGGAUUUCAGCGUCUCUGACAUCGACCCCUUUGCCUGCACGCAUCUCAUUUACGCCUUUGCCGGGCUUGACGAGACCAACUACACCAUCAAGUCCCUCGAUCCUGACUACGACAUCGUCACCGGAGGGUACAAGGCAGCCGUGACCCUAAAGGCCCAGAACCCGCUGCUGAAGGUGAUGAUCGGUUUGGGAGGCUGGAACGAGGGAGGACGCAAGUACUCGCGCAUGGUGUCCACGGAAGAGACGAGGCAGAAGUUCAUCAAGAGUGUCGUCAAGUUCCUGGACGAGCAUCACUUCGACGGUCUUGAUUUCGACUGGGAAUACCCCGGUGCCAGUGAUCGCGGUGGCCGAGACACCGAUAAAGAAAAUUUCGCCGCCCUCAUCAAGGAACUUUCAGCUCAAUUCAUGUUGAGGGGAUGGGUGCUCUCUGCUGCCGUUUCUCCUGCCAGGUUCCGUGUGAAUGAAGGCUACGACGUACCAACUUUAGGCCAGUACCUUGACUUCAUCAACGUCAUGACUUACGACCUUCGCGGUCCUUGGGACGGCAUGGCUGAUCAUCAUUCACCUCUCAAGACCAGAGACUCGGACUCCUGGGCUUAUAAAUCCCUCAAUGUCUUGGAUGGGCUCAGUUACUGGGCCGAUAAAGGGGCACCCAAACAUAAACUUGUCUUGGGCGUGCCAUUCUACGCUCGCACUUUCACCCUCAGUGAUCCCUCCGACAACAAGCCGGGAGCCAAGGCAACUUCUGGUGGCACAGAGGGCCGCUACACCAGGGAUCGCGGUCUCUACGCCUACUACGAGGUGUGCCAAGAGCAGCGCAACGGCGGCUGGACGAGACAGAGGGACGGCGCCGGUGGCCCGUACAUGGUCAAGAAAGAUCAGUGGGUCGGCUACGAGGACGUCGAAUACGUUAACCUCAAGAUGGAUAUGGUGCGGAAUGGCGGCUACGGAGGUGCCAUGGUGUGGGCAAUAGACUUGGACGAUUACCUCGGCAUGUGUGGUAAAAGAUGGCCAUUGCUAUCAGCCAUUCGCAUCCGCUUAGCCGAUGGCAGUCCUCCUAUAGAUGACGUCACUUCUUCUUCGGUGCCUGAACCCGAACCAGAGCCGAGUCCGGAACCUGAGCCUGAACCUCCUAAAUCCGCGCCUGCGACCAGUUCUCCCGCAGAGAGCACCCGCGAGACGGAUGUUUCAACUCCAUCAACUGAGCCAAGCGUGGCGACCCAGACGAGGGUGACGACCCAGCCAAGCCUGACGACGAUGUCCUUGUCGUGUUCCCCCGAGGGCUCGUACCAGCACGACCCCUCAGACUGCAGCUCCUACUACCUCUGUGUGCACGGCAGCCUCAACCGCUUCACCUGCCAGUCGCCGCUCCUCUGGAAUAAGAUUAAGAACAUUUGCGACUGGCCCAAGAGUGUUAACUGCCAAAUAACCGAUGGUGGUGGUGGAGGCGCUUCGGCUCCCUCGUCAGGAGUUACCUCGAGUGACGUCCCUCAAGUGACCACCCCGCCUCCCGCACCCGUCGAGCUGGAACCCGUGCAGGGUGAAGGCUCGUUAUCAAAGGACUACAUGGUGGUGUGCUACUUCACAAACUGGGCCUGGUACCGGCCUGGUAUUGGCAAGUACACACCAGACGACAUCGACCCGACAAUCUGUACUCACAUCGUGUACGGCUUCGCGGUGCUGGACUACAGCAACCUCAUCAUCAAGCCUCACGACUCGUGGGCUGACCUCGAUAACAAUUUCUAUGGGAAGGUUACGGCCCUAAAGAAACGAGGCAUUAAAGUGACAGUCGCUAUCGGAGGUUGGAAUGACUCAGCAGGCGACAAGUACAGUCGCUUGGUGAACAACCCAACGGCCAGGCGGAAGUUCAUCGAACACGUCAUCGAGUUCAUCACGAAGCACGACUUUGACGGCCUCGACUUGGACUGGGAGUAUCCCAAGUGCUGGCAGGUGGACUGCAACAAAGGCCCAGCUACAGACAAGCAGGCGUUCGCUGACUGGGUGAGGGAGCUGAGCGAAGCCUUCAAGCCCAGAGGCCUGCUGCUCUCGGCCGCCGUCUCGCCCAGCAAGAAAGUCAUUGACGAAGGCUACGACGUACCUGCACUGAACCGCUACCUGGACUGGAUCGCUGUGAUGACUUACGACUACCACGGCCAGUGGGACAAGAAGACUGGCCACGUGGCGCCCAUGUACUACCACCCUGAAGACGACAUCGAUUACUUCAACAUGGACUUCACAAUCCGCUAUUGGCUGGAGCAAGGAGCGACCCUGGACAAGCUGGUGCUGGGCAUGCCGAUGUAUGGGCAGUCGUUCACCCUCAACAACCCCUCAGUGAACGGCCUCAACGCCCCCGCCCGCUCGGGGGGCACCGCUGGCGAGUUCACGCGCGCCAAGGGCUUCCUCGCCUACUACGAGAUCUGCGACCGCGUGCGCAACGGAGGCUGGACGGUCGUCAAGGACCCGGAGGGCAGGAUGGGCCCGUAUGCCUACUCAGGAGACCAGUGGGUCUCCUACGAUGAUGUCGAAACUAUCAGGAAAAAGGCGCAGUACAUCCGCGACAAGGGGCUGGCAGGAGGCAUGGUCUGGGCUCUCGACCUCGACGACUUCAGGAACCGGUGUGGCCAGGGGGCGCACCCACUAAUGAACACCAUCAAGAGUGUGCUGGGCCCCCCACGAGGAGCCGCGGUAACACUCCCAGGUUCCGUUCAACCCACACGGCGGCCGCCACCACCCCCCACACCCCAGCCGUCUUCCACGACCCCCAGACUCAGUGACUCCACGGCCGUUACUUCCUCACCCACCGUCCCACGACCUGCGGACGACGGCGAGUUCAAAGUCGUGUGCUACUUCACGAACUGGGCUUGGUACCGCCAAGGCGAAGGCAAGUACAAGCCCGAGGACAUCGACUCGUCUCUGUGCACGCACAUCGUCUAUGGCUUCGCUGUGCUCGACAGCAGCAGGCUUCUCAUCAAGCCCCAUGACACCUGGGCGGACUUCGACAAUAAGUUCUACGAGAAGGUCACAAGUCAUCGCUCUAAAGGAACUAAGGUUCUCAUCGCCAUCGGCGGCUGGAACGACUCGCUGGGCAGCAAGUACAGCAAACUAGUCAACAACCCAAGCGCAAGACAAAAGUUCACUGAACAUGUUCUCAAGUUUAUCCUCGAGCACAACUUUGAUGGACUUGAUCUGGACUGGGAGUACCCGGUUUGCUGGCAGGUUGACUGCAAGAAAGGCCCGGCCUCGGACAAGCAGGCAUUCAGUGCGUGGAUCAUGGAGCUGCACGCGGCCUUCCAGCCUCACGGUCUGCUGCUCUCUGCCGCCGUCUCGCCCAGCAACAAGGUCAUCGAUGCAGGCUACGAAAUCCCAAUUCUGAACCGCUACCUGGAUUGGAUCGCUGUGAUGACUUACGACUACCACGGCCAGUGGGACAAGAAGACUGGCCACGUGGCGCCCAUGUACCGACACCCUGACACCACCAACGAGUUCUUCAAUACGAACUUCACGAUCCACUACUGGCUUGAGGGAGGAGCGGACCGCAAGAAGCUGGUCAUGGGCAUGCCGAUGUACGGGCAGUCCUUCACCCUCGCCCAGGCGGCUGACAACAGCCUCAACCAGAAGUCCUACGGCGGUGGAGAGGCCGGCUCCUACACCAGGGCCCAGGGCUUCCUAGCGUACUAUGAGAUAUGCUACAAAAUCAAGAACCAGGGCUGGACGGUGGUGCGGGACCCGCUGGGUACGAUGGGUCCCUACGCAUACCGAGGCAACCAGUGGGUGGGCUUCGAUGACGUCGGCGUCAUCAGGUACAAGUCGGAGUACAUUAAGCAGAUGGGCUUGGGUGGCGGCAUGAUCUGGGCUCUGGACUUGGACGAUUUCCGUGACCGCUGUGGGUGUGAGAAGCAUCCGCUACUGCGGACCAUCAAUAGAGUCCUGCGGAACUACCCUAUUCCUGACCCUGACUGUCCAACCCUCGGAGGAGGCCCGCCAUCACAGCUGCUUCCAUUUGGUAGUCCACCCUUAGCUUUGACCCCCACAACAACCACCACCACUACCCUACCACCGUGGAUGACAACCAGGAAAACCACUGCUUGGACUCCUUGGCAACCAUCAACCACUAUCUCUACUCGUGAAAACACUGAAGCAACCACCCCUGCUACCACUCGCUUGAUCACACGUCCACCAUGGCUGUCCUCGAGCACUCGCAGAGCGACCACCACAACCACCAGGGCACCAUGGUUACCUCCUGUAGAGGUAACACCACCUCGAACUACCACGGGGGCGGGUGCUGGUGCUGCUGCAGGUCAACCAUGCGAGGUGGGGGAGUACCGACCCCACGAGUCUGACUGCAACAAGUUCUACCAGUGCAACCAGGGCGUGCUGGUUGAGAGGAAAUGUUUCCCUGGGCUGCACUGGGCUGAGUCGCGCUGCGAGUUCGCUGACAAGGCGAACUGUAAGAUUUCUGGCUCCCCCUCUGCUCCUUCCCGCCCGCCGCCCCCCGGGCUGCCCGCGACCCCCCCUCCCUUCGUAGACCAGCCCUCAACUUGGCAACCGCCACCACAGACCACCGCUGUUGCAAUGGCCACUCCUAGACCAGUGACAUCUGACCCUUCCGGCUUUAAGGUUGUGUGCUACUUCACGAACUGGGCUUGGUACCGCCAAGGCAUCGGCAAGUACAAGCCCGAGGACAUCGACCCCAGCCUCUGCACGCACAUCGUCUACGGCUUCGCUGUGCUCGACGGUACCAGACUGCUCAUCAAGCCUCACGAUACCUGGGCAGACUAUGAUAACGAGUUCUACAAGAAAGUCACUGAUCUGAAAGCAAAGGGCGUGAAAGUCCUCAUCGCCAUCGGCGGUUGGAACGACUCGGCAGGUGACAAGUACAGCCGACUUGUGAACAGCGCUGAGGCGAGGCGGAAGUUCACGGCACACGUCGUCGAGUUCAUCCUCAAACACAACUUCGAUGGCCUCGACUUGGACUGGGAGUAUCCUAAGUGCUGGCAGGUUGAGUGCAACAAAGGCCCCGAGUCCGACAAACCUGCGUUCAGUGCCUGGAUACGAGAGCUGCACGCGGCCUUCCAGCCCCACGGUCUGCUGCUCUCGGCCGCUGUCUCGCCCAGCUACAAAGUUAUCGAUGCUGGUUACGAAGUACCAGAACUUAACCGCUACUUGGACUGGAUCGCUGUGAUGACUUACGACUACCACGGCCACUGGGACAAGAAGACUGGCCACGUGGCGCCCAUGUUCCAUCAUCCAGAGAGCCUUGUACCUGAAUUCAACGCUAACUACACGAUCCACUACUGGCUAGCGCACGGCGCAGACCGCAAGAAGCUUGUGAUGGGCAUGCCGAUGUACGGCCAGUCGUUCGCCCUCGCCAGCGCCACCGACAAUGGCCUAAACGCCAACAGUUACGGCAGGGGCGAGGCCGGAGAGUUCACCAGAGCCGGCGGCUUCUUGGCUUACUACGAGAUCUGCGACCGCAUCAUGAACCGAGGUUACACUGUGGUGCGAGAUCCUCAAAGCACCAUCGGUCCAUACGCCUACAAGGGGGGCCAGUGGUUCGGAUUCGACGAUAUUUCCAUGAUCAGAUACAAGUCUCGGUACGUGAAGGACAUGGGGCUUGGCGGCGCCAUGAUAUGGGCGUUGGAUUUGGACGACUUCCGCAACCGGUGCGGCUGUGAGGAGCAUCCGCUGUUGCGGACGAUCAACAGAGAGCUUCGGGAUUACCCGAUUCCGGACCCGGGGUGCAGUAUCUAACGGACUUUAUUAUUUAGGUAUAAUUGGGGUUACUAUUGCUAAGAAAUUUGCCUCGCAGUAUCAGCAUAUGAAAUUAUUUUACAAUUAGAGUAAUUAUUUUCGUAGACAAAAAAAUA